UCCCACAAGCGGAACUAAGGUGAAUUCCUGUUGUUGCGUUUGUAUGGCUUCUACCAUGUUAAAGCUAUUUAAGUUAAUCAUUCUGUUCGUUGUCAUAUUUGGCGACAGAUCUCAGACUUCGUUGGCUACAGUACCAAAUGCUCUCAAGGGCCAACAUCUUCGCAUUAUUUGGCCUCGUUGGGAAGGUAAUCCUAAAGGACUUUCUGGUCCGCUGAAGGGAGGUGUCAUCAUUGAUUACCUGGCAGCACGAUUAGGCUUCACUUACGAGAUGGUGCGAAUCACGGAAAACAGAUUGGAGCCCGCUCCGAAUCAAAGAGGACUUUUUAAUUAUUUAUGGGACGGAAAAUGCGAUUUUUUGGUUACAGCCGUUGUCCCAACAUGGGAACGCAAUAAGGUCGUGGAUUUGACUUUGCCGUGGGACUACACAACUCUUACUUUCCUGAUUCCCGUCCAUACAGAUACAGCCAACAUCAAAUCUGUCGUCAAGCCUUUUCAAUGGCCGCUUUGGGUUGGACUAAUCGUGACAGCCGUUUGCGUCAUUGUCGUUUUGAGUUUGAUCCAGCGAUGUUUGGAAUACAUGGAACGUCGCCCCUUACCUGAGACAAAGGCUGCAACGGAAACCUGUACUAAUUUACCAAAAAACACUAGUCGCCUGAACGGAGGGGCUGGCAAACAAUCCCUAUACGUUUUGGGAAAUUUGCUAUCACAAGGUGGGCCUUGCGCGUCCAAUCGAUUACCUUUUCGUCUUGUCGCCGGUGUUUGGACGUUGGGGGCGUUCAUUUUCGUUCAAGCGUACACGUCAAUCCUUUUCACGUAUGUGGUGGCCCCAGUCAGUUUACCGCUCAUCAAUUCCAUUUAUGACAUUGCUGAUAGUGAUGAUAUCAAUUUGCUGAUGAAGAAAGCAGGGACCCCUGAGGGGAUGUUUAUGAAUAAUAAUUGGACGGGAUUUUACGAGAAAAUUCGGAUCAGGGUCAAUUCAUUCCCAGAUUCACGCUGCGUUUUGGUAUCCGAUUGCAUUAAGUUCAUUUCACCGGGAUCGCGAAACGUGUUUGUCGACGGGGCACCUUACCAACUGGACGCCAUCAAGGAAGAUUUUGAAAAAACUGGGAAAUGCAAUUUACAACUGGCAAGGAACAGCUAUUCGACCCUGCCUCUCGCAAUGGCUUUACCAAAACACAGUCCCUACACCAAUCCCAUCAGCAAAGGGUUCUUGGAACUACAGGAACGCGGGUUAAUCAAUUACUGGGACCUGUGGUUCCGUCCAAUGCCGGUUCAGUGUACGGAAAAUUUCAAAUUUAGUGGAUUGCAAUCUUCAAGGAGAGAAAAUCAUCCGCCGUUGUCGCUCAAGAAUUUGACCGGCGCCUUUCUUGUCCUUUUGGUUGGCAUCAGUCUUGCCUUUUUGGCUUUUCUUUGCGAGCAAAUUAUUUCAAUGCCUAGAGGUCGACGGCCUUGCAGACGCAUUUAACUGCAAACUUUGCAUUAAAUGGCGGCGUUUUUAGGCAUCUUUAACCUUUUGUAAAGAACGCCUAUAUUUUGGCUGCAUUCACGAUUGGUAGAUAAUUCAUGGUAGAACAUAUUUAACAAUAAGCUUUUUAAUGGCCCAUGUCCCUUACUAAUUCAUCCUUUAUCGAGUUCUAAUGGUGCAACAGAUUGUUGAUUCCGUCCCCAAACACGCCAUGCGUACAGCAAAUUCUGAAGUAGGUAAUUACUGCACAAUACGUGACUUAAUUUUAAGCCUAGUUUGCAAUAAGCCUGCUGCUUUCAAAAUGCCAUGACAACAAAAAUAGCUGACAAUUUGAGGCAUUCGUUUUUACCCCAUCAGGUGUAAAGACUAAAGAGACAAAGGCGACAAUUCUUAGAAAAUCUUUGACUCUUUACAGUUGCCUUCUUAGUAAUGUUGAUAGUUGUUCUUUCAAAUAAUGGAAUAAUUAUUUCUUUAAAAAUUGCAAAUCAACAGGACACAAAAAUUGGAAACGUUGCCUUGCCUCUAGCGAGGUGGUAGUAUCGUCUGCGUAAUCGAGCUGCCUUUUUUUGUGUGUUGGAAUUUGGUUGAUUAUCACUACUGUUCCUAUUAUAUUUUAUUGAUUUUCCCUCUUUUAGGAAAAGUUAAUUCAUAUUAACGCUGCUAUCAAACUCUUACGGUGCAUGUUGAUAUGACAUGCCUUUCUGGUUUGAAUGUGGAUUUCUUUUUCAGUUCCAUGCAAGGCUAUGUAGAUUCUGCUUCACAGUUAGGAACAGGUUCUACAUUUCAAUAGAAUGUAAUGGGAGAUUUUUGUGAUGGUUGUCAUGCCCAUCACCUUUCUAUCCUAAUGGUUGGUUGCAACUAACGUCAUUCAUGGUUUCUCUGACACCAAAACAUUGAAGAGCCUUAAUAUGUUCAGCACUUGACAAUUGGACAUCACUGUAAAGUUUAUUACUUGAUUCAAGGAAAUAAAUAAGACUGGGAAAAAUCCGAAACCUGCUGUAUCUGCGGAAACUGGAAUAACCAACCAUUGCAACUGUUGUUUCCGUUUCUUGGCCGCGAAUGGAUGGCAAUCAUCCGUAGUUCAAAGGUAAUUGAGUAUAUUGUUAAGAUAGAUUUACUACGAUAAGAUUUACGCAUCCUUUUGUUACGAUUACGGCAUUUGCUAGC